UCUCGCUCGUCCACCGCUUGCAGACCGACAGAGAGCAUCGUCAUCCAACUACUGUUCCCACUUUCUCACGAGCCUCACUACCUUCAUCAGAGUCUCCCCACUUCCUCCUCUUACUCUCGUAAUGUUCCCACGCGCCUCGCGUUUCAACGACCCCGGGGCGAGCCCCAUUAGCCCCGUAUCGAAGAGGGCCGGGGCUCCAAGGUUCCGCACUCCUCAGAAAGCCCGUACCAUCGACUUGCGCCCAACCACCCCCGAUCUCGAGGAUAAGGAGAACAUUGCCCCGCCUUCUCCCGCCCCGCAGACCGUUCAGCCGGAUCGGGACUCGGUGGAUAAGAAGCUGCGUGACGUGCAAAGGCAGAAGCUGGAACUCGAGCAUCAAGUCCAUGCGCAGACAAAGCAAGUGGACCUUCUCCAGCUGCAUUUGAAGCACCGUGAGGAGCGCAUCAGGAUCUUGAGCAUCGAUAAUGCCGCCCUCCUCUCGAAGGUGGCGUCGCUUGAAGAUCGUCUCAAGGCGGAGAAGCAAAAGGAGACCGGCAUGCUGGCUCAUGCGGCGCAGCUCUUGCAACAAGUGAAGGAAUUGGAAAAAGCGAAGGAUCGUAUGCAUUCAGAGAUUGAGCGCAAAGAAGAGAUUAGCAAAAAGGACAUGGAGAUUCACAAACGCGCCCCAUCAGCCCUAAACGCCAAAAGCCCCGCCACCCCGCGGAAGGUGAGCGAGAACAUCGCAGCAACGGCCAAAGGACCAGAUGUCUCCGCUCUCCGGGACGAAGUCGCCAAACUCGAAAAAGAAAAGCGCCACUUCAACGCCAAACUCCGUGACGUUCAACACAAAGCCUUCAUCGAGAAAAAGCAGCUCCAAGCCCAGAUCUCUUCCCUGCGGAACGGCGCCCCUGCUGGUAACACCGCCGACCGGCAACAGACCGCCGCUUUGCAGGCCGAGCGCGCCAAGUGGCAGGCAAAGACCCGCGCGCUUCAGAAUGAGAUUGAGCGGUUUAGGAAAGGUGACAAGGGUAACACCGACAACGGUGGCGAGAAUCGGAAGGUUGGCAACUGGCUCGACGAGGACUUUGCGGAAGAAUGUACGGGCCAGAACCCUUUUGAGGGCUUUUGUAUUGAUUCCGACCGCAGGCUGUCGGGCUUGUCUGAUAUGUCUGAGUUCCGACGUCAUCAGAAGGAUGACGACAAUCAGAGUAACUGCACCCUCGAAAACGAGCGCUUAGAUAUCCCCAGCUUCUACCGCGCCAAACACGACAGCGACACUCGACCCAACACCAACGCGGGCCAGCUGGUCUUCAAGCAAAACGACCUGAUUUUGAUCCGCAAAAAGACGUCAGACGACACGUGGGUCGGCGAGCUUAACGGACAGAUUGGUCUUGUCCCUACGGAUGCUGUGGAGGAUUGUUCGGGUGAUAGUCGCGAGUUUGAGGAUGCUGGGAUGGAUGCGCUCCCUGCGAACACCGAAACUGCCUUGGUCAGCCCCAUCGCCGCAGAACCGACUGAUAAGGCAGACUCCGCAACGUCUGCCAAAGUCGAUGCUCAUAAAGAAACCGCUGCGGUCGCGAAAGACGGUGCUCCUGUGACAGACGAAACGAUAAAGGAUGAGGACGAGACUACCGUGGUUUCUGGCGGUGAUGACGCGGAUGUGGUUGCAUCACCGAAAUUGGAUGCAUCUGCGGUUGCCGAGGUUGAGGUCAAGGAUGGGGCGGGAUCGGCACUAGCGGCGGCGAAUGUGGAGAAGGUGGACACGGAUGAGGGUAAUGACGCUAAGCCCGUUCGAUGCUGAGAUUGGACGUUGAUUACCCGGACUGAGAUUUGGUUGGAAAAGACGGUGUAGCGUUUCGGAGAGGAUAUGAGAUGGAGACGGCGUGGACUUUUUUUCUUUUGAAUUAUGUAAAUGUUGAUAAUGUUGUACGUGGCUGUUACUCUAUGUACAGUACCAUUGAUAUACCACCUCGCAGACGCAGAGGAAUCAUCUUUACGGACGCCCUAU